AUGACUAAAUUUGACUCACGACCAAAACCUGAGGACAUUUUAAAUGGAUUCCAAGUGAAUUGGAUGAAUUUAAGAGACGCCGAUACGGGAGUUGUAUUAUGGCAAGGCACCAAGGAUCUAUCAUUACCUGACAAAGAACACGAAGCCAAAGUACCAAAAAAGAUAUUGAAGUGUAGAGCUGUAUCCAGGGAGAUAAAUUUUUCAUCUGUAGAACCUAUGGAAAAACUAAGGUUACAACAAAAAGUACUGUUUAAGGGUCGUUGUCUUGAAGAAUGGUAUUUGAAUUUGGUUUUGUUAUUCCUAACUCCACUAACACUUGACAGUCACUUAUUGAAGCAGCACCAGAAUCACAAAUGA